GAAGUUCAAACUUUGUAGUAGAGGAAGCUGAGCUUUCAGUUCCUUCAGCAGGAAAUGAAGAUUCAGUUGUAACUCCAGAAUUGAACAACUGCGUACCAAAGGAAAGUGAGCUUCCAAUGUCAUCAGCAGCAGAAGAAGCUUCAGCCGUGUUGGAAAAAUUAUCAAAGCAGCAAGAACAACCAAAGCAAAGCAAAGAAAGUCUGUUCCAUGUGUGGAAAUCCAAACAACAGACUAUUUAUGGAUCUCUGAUAGAUUCCUACACCAUCAACCAGAAUGUGUGUGGCAUAUGCAAAUCCAUAUGUGCAAAUGGAAUUUUAAAAUGUAAGGAUUGCUGCAAGUACCUCUGUUGGGAGUGUGACACCAAUCGCCACUCUUGUGAUCCGUCUGAUUUAAGGCUGUACUUCAAGCCGGAUUUCACAUCCAAAUCACUACUUCCUACUGAAUUCAUUGACUGUAAUGGAAUUGUCAGAGAGCGAAGGGUUCAUGUGCCGCUUUUUCCUCCCCCUACUUGUCCGGAAUGCAACGGUCAAAAUACCAGUUGCGUACUCGGAAGCUCUAAGAUAUGUUAUGUGUUCACGAGAAAAGGUACACUGAAGAACUUACUUUAUUUUAAAUUCCUUUUUUUUUUUCAAUAGAAAUUUUUCAAAAUAAUUUUUCAAAAUUUUAAGCUUCUAAAGCAUCUCAUUGAGAAUGAGUCCAAAGGAGGUUCAUAUUUCGGAAAUGAAAUAAUCUGUGAUGAUUCCGAAUUAAAUGAGAUUAUGGAAGAGGUGAACAGAGUAAAACCACGAAUACAAAAAACACAAAGGAAUGUGCGGCAAUUCUGAGUUUAAAGCUGCACAAGAAGUUUCGUCGCAACGCAAGAAUUUGGAUGUUGCCGGAAAUAUGAUGGUUUCGUGUGGUCAUGCGACUAUCUUAACCUCAGUCGACAUGAAAGAGUCAGAAUCGUACAGACACACUUUGCUUUUGGCCAGAAAGGUUUUAAAAGAACGGAAUUGCAAAUUUCUGGUAAAUGAUGUUGUUUGUCAUUUUUGGUUUUUUCUUGCGAGUCUCGCUGUAUUGCUUCCCAAAGCAUUCGGUGAUUUCACCCAAAGGUUGAUUCCAUUCCUCUCACGCCUACAUGGCCAAGCGCAUGCUUGGUACUGUCAAAUUAUUUAUUUUGGCCACUGGAAGGAUGGAGCAGGUGGAACAUUAGGGGAGGAGCAAGAACAAGUGUUCUCCACCUUUUCUCGUUACUGUAAUGUGACUAAGUAUAUGAGCAGAGCAAGCCGAAAUGAUUUCCUUACCAUGGCCAUGUUUUAUUGGAAUUCAAGGAAGGAAGCUGGAUUACCACUUUUCCUAACUAAACGCUUACUAAACUCUUGUUACAGGGUAAAAUUUUACUCCAUAAUGUUGACGGAUAAGCUAAAUGCUCGUUGUAUGAAAGACGAGUCUGAACUAAUGGGUUUACAGCAGAAUUUGGAAGCGGAGGCUAAGACUCAUUUAGAUGGCGACAGACGUAUAUUAACUCGAAUUCAAAGCGAAAAUACGAAACGGUCUUUGGUUGGAACACAUCUUGAAUGGGUUUCCAUAAAUGAUCGGAUUCAAACUGUUGCAGUGACCUCCAAAUGGAGACAGAAAUUAGUUAGCAAGAGGCGUAAGCUUGAAUCAAAAGCUGCCAAUUUAAUCCAGGAUAUCAACGAAAAAUCAGUGAUGGGAGAAGAACUUGUAACAACAGAACACUUCAACAGUGGAAUUUUUCCUUGGGAUUUUGCAAACAAGAUUUCUUUUCAGGACAACUUCAAGCUCGUCGAUUGCUGGAAUUUAAAAAAGAGAAACCAAGAGUGUAUAGUCCAUACUAAAAAAGAAAUGCGGAACUAUUUAUAUUCUAUUUCCAACGACCUGAUGGAGAGAAGAAACGAAAUUGGUGUUCUUACAGGUGCUUCCGAUCUUCGAUCUAAAGGGGAGCUUUCUAUUAAAUGCAUAGAAUAUUCACGACUGAUUGCAUUGCUAAGAAAUGCAUUGUCUUAUUACCGUUUCUUCGGUGAAGAGACAAGCGGAGAAUUUCGUGGAUUAGCAGAACUUGUUGUUGAAAGCGACGACAGGGACUUAGAUUUUUUCAACGAGCAGUCAAUUUUGGAAUGUAGUGAGAACGAGUGUGAUAGUGAUGAUGAAGAUGAUUGUGUUUCGGGAUGAAUAAAUACCAAAUGAACUAAAAA